CUGUGCUGCCAGCUUCUCUCCCCCAAGCCUCCAGCCUUUGCAUCUCUCCCCGUCCAUGGCUCAGAGUGGAUUCUACUUGGCAAACUUAUAGUUUCCUCCCCACAGUGCAGGCAACAAUCUGUCGACUUGCUGAAUUUUUAUGGAUCCAGCACAAGGAAUGAGAUACCUACUUGUGUAGAGGCUGCAGAUUUCCGGAGCUCUGCUUUCUAUUCACACUCACAACGAGUCCCAGGAGCUCGCAAGAUGCUGCCUUCCAUUGUUUGCUAAUUGGCACCUUCUGUCCAGAUCAAUUAAGAGACUGGCAUCGUCUCAUUAAAGGUGAGGUAUAGCAUUUAUACCAUAAGCAAACCCCAUGAAUACUUCAGUAAGUCGGAAGUAUGUUCUGGACCCCAAUUUUAGUGUACCUCUACCCUAAAGAUGCCAGUGAUACAUGUGCAUCAGUAGUAGGCAUCCAGUCACCCAAUCAGCUGCAGACAGGGGAGGAGGAUUCCUUCUGAAGGCAACUCUAGCAAUGACUCUCUGACAAAUACAAUACUUCAGGAUCAGAUGUGACAAAAGUCUGUCUUCAGCAUGUGCCGGAGAUAUGAGUGGGUUUGCUCUUCCAGGCAAUGGCGGAAUGUACCCAAAUAUACAAUUUUUAUUGCAGUUCUUUUCUUUCAUGCAACGGCUGACUCAGAUAGGAAGAAAGACAGGCAAUUUUUCUGGAAAUCAGGACCUUGGGGUCAGUGUUUAGGAGACUGCGGGCCAAGCGGCCUUGAGAGUAGAUCGGUAUGGUGUGUGCAUGAAGAAGGCUGGAUCACUCACAAUAUAAACUGUAAAGCAAGAGAUAAACCUGAAAGCCAGAGGAGCUGCUUUAAAAUAUGUGACUGGCACAGCGAUCUCUUUCAUUGGGAAGUAACAGAAUGGCAAAUCUGUGUUCUUGUGCCCUAUCCCCACCAGGAGAAUGCAAGACCUUUGGAAUGCGUAACAGCCCAGCACGGGCUACAGCACAGAAGGGUAGAUUGUGUCCAAAAGAUAAACAGGUCUAUUGUGCCUGGUGAAAUUUGUGAACAUUUUACUCCAAGGCCAUCAAUGGAACAAGCCUGUCUUAUACCUUGCCCUCAGGACUGUGUGGUGUCUGACUUUUCUCACUGGUCAACGUGCGUCAAUAGCUGUGUGAAGCGUCUCCAACACAGAACACGAGCUGUUAUUUCUCCUCCAUUGUAUGGUGGAUGUGAAUGCCCAAAUCUUACCGAAUCAAGAACUUGUGAAUUACAAAGUUUUUGCUCUUUUGGAAAUGAGGAGUACACAUACAGCCUGAAAGUUGGCCCUUGGAGUGAAUGUCGGUUGCCCCAUCUCAAAGAGAUGAAUGUGAGCGGGAGGACUAUGCUGGAUUUCAGCUCUGACUUAGUGGAAAUAAACAGGUAUAAAAAGGAAGUGUACACAGUUCGACAACAUAACAGUGCAUGGGAUAUUGAUAUUGGCUACCAGACAAGGCAUGUCAGAUGUACACGGAGCGAUGGAAAGAAUGCACUUUUAAGUAUCUGCACACAGGACAGCAUGCCUUUACAUUUCCAGUCAUGCAUUAUUCCCAAGGACUGUGAGGUGACAGAAUGGUCUACAUGGAGUCUGUGCUCAAAAACUUGCCGAUCUGGAGAUUUGGUACCUGGAUUCAGGAGUCGGAGCAGGAAGGUGAAGCAUAUAGCCAUCGGGGGAGGAAGACCAUGUCCUGAACUUGAAGAAAAAGAAGCAUGCAUCGUGGGAGGAGAGCACCUUCCCCUGUGCCCUGGGAUUGCUUGGAAGACCUCAGAAUGGAUGACAUGUCAACUUUCCUCUGACCAUCAAGAGUCUCAGAUGAGCUCCAAAAAGGCUGCUUGUGGAGGUGGGACCCAAACCCGCAAGGUGUUCUGUGCCCAAUAUUUUACAGAAUCUGGAACUCAAACACUUAAAGAAGUCUACAGACCCGUGGAUGACAGGUUUUGUGUGGGACCUAUGCCCCCUGUGUCUCAGUUGUGCAAUAUUCCAUGUUCCACUGACUGCCUGCUCACUCCAUGGUCUGCGUGGGGGCCCUGUACCCAUGAAAGCUGUCUCAAUCCUCAGGGAAGAAAAGGAUUCAAAUCAAGAAUAAGGAACAUAAUAGUUGAACCAAUGGGACCUGAGGGAAACUGUUCCCAUUUGGUAGAGUCAAUCCCAUGUGAUGAUCCCAUGUGCUACAACUGGGUAAUUUCUGGAGAACUGCAUUGUGUGCCAGAAAACAGAGAAUGUGGUCAUGGAAAAUACCAGCUCAACACCUCAUGUGAGAAUCCGCAUGGACAAAUCAUCUCGGAUGAGCUCUGUGUGGACAACCCUCCUGUCCAACUGGUCUGUAAAGCGCCUUGCAGCCAAGAUUGUGUAAUUAGUGAGUGGUCGAACUGGUCACCGUGUUCUCAUUCUUGCUCUGCUAAGAACAUGGAAGGAAAGCAAAGCAGGACCCGGUCCAUUCUCGCAAAUCCUGGGGAAGGUGGAAAGCCAUGUCCGCCUAGCCAGGCAUUAUAUGAAUAUCGCUUGUGUAAUGACCAUCCCUGUUCAACAUUUUACUGGGAGAGCACCCGCUGGGGUGCCUGUUCUGCAGACCCAUUAAUAACAACAUUAAAUACCUCAGCAGUCAGCUGGAAAGGGGACAGCACAUGUGGAGUGGGGAUACAGUCCCGGAAAGUCUUCUGUGUCAAGAGCAAUGUUGGCUAUGUCACCAGCAAAAGAUGUCAUGAGGCUACAAAACCUGAAACAAUCUGUCCCUGUCUCCUCCCAUGCAAAAAAGACUGUAUUGUCACCCUUUUUAGUGAAUGGACCCAUUGCCCAACAUCAUGCCUACCUGGCAAUGCCACCUCUGUAAAGCAGUCCCGGUACAGAACAGUGAUCCAAGAUGCUGAGUAUGGAGGGCAGGAAUGCCCAGAUACCCUGUAUGAGGAGAGAGAAUGUGAAGAUAUCCCCACAUGCCUAAACUACAGCUGGAAAACAAACCAAUGGAGUCCAUGCGUGCUUGUUCCGGACUCUGUGCGACAGGGAAUUAUGGGAGGCAGCGAGGCAUGUGGCACAGGUCUACAGUCUACAGAGGUAACGUGCAUUUCUGACAAUGGCCGCCCUGUGGAUGUGACUUCAUGCUUGAAAUGGGCAGGGCCAAUGCCUCAUUUGGUACAAGAGUGCUACAUACCUUGCAAAGAUGACUGCACCUUCACCCCAUGGUCUAAAUUUACUCCUUGUUCCACUGAUUGUACAUUAUCACGAACAAGGAAGCGAUCAGUCACAGGAAGGAGCAAGAAGAGGGAAAAAUGUCAAAACUCUGAGGUUUAUCCACUGUUUGAAUCAGAGAUGUGUCCCUGUGAAACGUUCCAAUCUCAUCCAUAUGGGAACUGGUCAGACUGCAUCAUACCAAAAGCGGAGAGACAGCAGCCAUUAGGAACGAAUAAGGCAGGAGCUGUCUGGCAGUGUGGAGAAGGAAUGCACUUCAGAGCCAAUGCCUGUUAUGAUUUAGGUGGCAGAAUAGUGGACCCAUCUCUCUGUGGUAGUUCCGGUUACAUAGAGGAGACCUGUGUUAUUCCAUGUCCAUUUGAUUGCAAGCUAAGUGACUGGUCAGUCUGGUCUCCUUGUAGCUCCUCAUGUGGAACAGGAGUGAAGAUAAGGUCUAAAUGGCUGAAAGAAAAACCGUACAAUGGGGGGCGCCCUUGCCCCAAACUGGAUAUUAAGAAUCAGGCUCAGGUGUAUGAGGCAGUGCCAUGCUAUAAUGAGUGCAGUCAGUAUUCUUGGGUGGCAGAGCCAUGGUCUGCCUGCAAGCUCAGCACUGAGGAGAGAUCUGCUGCCUGUGGGCAUGGAAUACAAAUCCAGAAAGUGAGGUGUGUUAAUAUGAGUAGUGAUGGAGAAGGAGCUCCUGUGAAUAAUACCUACUGUCAAGGUUCGUACACAGCUCCAACAAUCCAAGAAUGUUAUCUGCCCUGCCCUGGGGAGUGUGUGAUGUCUAAUUGGGGACACUGGAGUGAAUGCACAAAGUGUGACAUCGGCACUAUGAGGGCAAGGAGUCGAUUCCCACUAAGGAUCCCUGUUAAUGACCAUAAGUGCCCAGAAGGGACACAAAAAGAGCCUUGUAGCCUCAAUAGCAACUGUUUCCAUUAUCACUAUAAUAUAACAGAGUGGAGCACGUGUCAGCUAAGUGGAGACGCGGCGUGCGGCGAAGGUCUGAAAACUCGCCUGUUAGAUUGUAUCCGCAGCGAUGGGAAAUCAGUACAAACAUCCCUUUGUGAGCAGUUUAAUUUGGAGAAGCCUUUCCCCAUGAGUAUCCGCUGCCUGGUGGAAUGUGCCAUUGACUGCCAGCUCUCCGAAUGGUCAGACUGGUCCCACUGCUCACAUACAUGCGGCAUUGGCGGAAAAAUGGUUCGCUCCCAACGCAUCCUAUUACAGGCACAAGGGGAAGGAAGGCCAUGUCCAAAGCAGCUCAACCAGUACAAAUACUGCCUCAUUCACCCCUGUUACAUGUGGAGGUUUGAUGAGUGGUCCAAAUGCAAGAUAGAGAGUGGUCAGUGCGGGGAAGGACUGAAGUUCCGUAAUGUCACCUGCAUGGUCCAUGAUGCAUCAGAGUAUGGUAUCAGUAAGCGAGUGAAUGCUAAGCUCUGUGGUGCCCUGCCUUCAGGAGAGAAUCAAAUGGAAACCCCCUGUUAUGUGCCAUGUCCAGGAGACUGUCACCUGACAGAGUGGUCACAAUGGAGUGCCUGCGAGCUCACCUGCAUCGAUGGGAGGGGCUUUGAAUCGGUUGGCCGUCAGUCAAGAUCUAGGACUUUCAUAAUUCAGUCUUUGGAAAAUCAAGAAAGCUGCCCAGAACAGGUCAUAGAGACACGCCCGUGCAUAGGUGGGAAAUGCUACACUUACACUUGGAAAACCAGCACCUGGAGGGACAACAGGAGACGUGUUUGGUGUCAGCGGUCGGAUGGUCUCAACGUCACAGGGGGUUGUUCUAUAGUGUCACAGCCUGCAGCAGUCCGGCACUGCGACCCACCUUGUAGAAAACCAUUUUCCGUAUGUAAGCAGAAUGGCCUCUGUGGCUGCGAGCAAGGAUACACAGAGAUAAUGAGAUCUAAUGGCCUCCUUGACUACUGCCUGAGAGUGCCGGGCAUGGAGGGCAAAAAAGCCGACGUCAAGUCGUUUGUGGCAAAAAACAAACCUCUGAAUUCCAUCCAGGAGAUGUUUAGUGGCUGGUCUAUCGAGCCCUUUGAUCCAGAUGGGAGAGUGAGGCUCUGGGUAUACGGUGUAUCAGCUGCCAGCUUCCUAAUCAUCGUAUUAAUCAUACUUAUUUCCUAUUUAAUUUGUAAAAAGCCAAAGGAACAGAUAAGUCUCUUCCCUCAGCAGAAGCCCUUAUCCUUCACGUAUGACAGAGAUUAUGACAUGUAACUCUUCGAAGGGGAGAAAUAAAAUGCAGAUAUCGACUGCCUUAACUGCUUCUCAUUUGUAACAAUGACAGAGCAAAACCAAUGUUAUUUUCCAUCGGAUAUAAGAACAUGGGAAAAAGAGCUAAAAAUACAUUAUCUAGAUUAUGUCUUCAAGGAAGUCACUGGACUUACUUUUUUUUUGUAUUUUCCUUAUGUUUUUCUGUUUUUUCUUUCUUUUUUUAAUUUUUGCCUAUGACAUAGGUGACUGGCUUAUAAUGAAAUGUAAGGACAUCCUCUGAGACAUUUCCCAGAGUAUUCCAUGCUACAUAAAGACAUUAUGCAAUCGGUCAUAAAUGCAUUAUUUUUGUACUUUUUCAGCACACAUUUCAUAGGUCGGAGCCUUACGGUGUUUACCUGGCAUGUGUCUGGAUUCUUAUCAAUGGAUCACGCUGUUACUUUUGUUACCAUGAGACAAAGAUUUGAAAAAUGCGUCUGGAUUUUCAAUUUAGUUUGAUAUGAAUGUUGGGAAAUAAUCUGCUCCAAGCGACUCCUUGUAAAUAGAUUUUCAGGUGUUACUGCAUUUUCUUUGCUUCAGAUAAUGUUUUUUGUAUAUGAAAUUUACUUGUUAUAUUUAUAAACCUAGCCCUUUUUUUAUUCAGUUCCCAAAUAUUCUGCAGAUUCAAGAUUUGUGCAGGACAGUUGUCUUCUCAAUCAUGGGACAAAUUAUACCCGCAUGAAUACUGAAUGUAUUUUUUAAACAAAGUUGGAUCUUCUACACUCUUUCCACUAGAGUUCACCUUCUCCCAGUGGUUUGAUCACACUAGUCACAUUCCCUUGAACCUUUUUCUCCACUGCUUCCCUUAAAAGUAACCUAAAGUAUGUUCAUUAUCUGGCUUGACUUCAAGAAACACCAACAACUGCUAAAGUGAACACACCUUCAUUUUUACCAGCUACACUAUUCUCAUAUUAAUCCCAUCUCCUUCAAGAGAACACUUUAGGAAAUGAGAGAUUAUCAGUGUUGCACAGAACUUCAAAGCAAGGUGAUCUUGGAUCUUUUACACUGUUUCCACCAGAUGCAACAUUUUCCCUGGGGUAUAAUUGCCCCAGGCAAGGCUGCCAUCAGAAAUCACAGCCCCCCCCCCUCAUAUUAUCUGCCUCCCAACCAGUGGUUGAAAAUCAAAACAGUGUCCCUAAUUUAUUUGGAUUAUCUGGGCCCACCUGACUUGAAGGGAGGGCAUGAGGUGCAUGCAUAUUUUUACACAGCUUUCUGUACACUGUUGGGUUUUUGGGUCUUAAGGGGAGGACCAGCUGUGCUGCACUAACUUGAAUUAGCCAAGUCCCCUUGCUGUCAGGUAGAAAUGCCCCACAAAUAUGUAUUUUUUCAGGCCACUCUAUGGGGAUUAGGAUUACUACCUUGUGACUGUAGGAAACCCGGGUGUGUUGUGAUGUCACAAGGAUGGAGCGGGUAACAAUGGGGGCAUAGGAACACAGAUAAAAGGUAUGCAGAUAUAACAGAGCUCACCCUCACUGCAGUGUAGCGCCUUCCCUUCCAGUCGAUGCUCUUACGGGAAUAAGGCCACUUCAGUCCGGAGUUACACUGGCACAAUGAAAUUACCCACUGUUUGGCGCUGACCGUAAUACUGACAGGAGACGUUUGCUUCGUAUUAAAGAUGCGGCUUUAUCGUGCACACCAUGUAGACACUGGCAGUGGGUUGGAGGUGAAACUAACGCAUUUCGUGCCCUAACUCUCCCGGCACUUUCUCAGAGUUAGGGCACGAAACGCGUUAGUUUCACCUCUGAGGAAGUGCCGGGAGAGUUAGGGCACGAAACGCGUUAGUUUCACCUCCAACCUACUGCCAAUGUCUACAUGGUGUGCACGAUAAAGCCGAAUCUUUAAUAUGAAACAUUGGGGGCGUAUCCAAUUAUAGGGUGGCGGGGUUAUGUUGUGGCUAUCAGUGAUUGGCUGAUCGCCACAUCAAUCUAAUAGAGUCCUGUCCAGUUUUCCUAAUUUGGAAAGCCAGGCAGGUAGACAGCCCUCCCAAAAACUAGAUUGUCUGGGUCAAAUCGUGGCAGGUGGCAACCCUAAUGGAAAUACUGCAGUCAUUGAUUAGAAUGUAUGAUAUAAGAGAAGUGGCUUUUUCUCAUUGAAUUAGCCAUCAUGUAAUGUUUUACAUAAUAUUUUUGGAAGUUGAGCCUAUCUUUUACAUGUAUAUCAUUAUUUAAAUUAAAAGUUAUAAAAAAAGGCCUUUACUGCUUUAUGACUCCAAUAUAAACAAUGUUCCUAAAUAUUAAAAAAACAACUUGUGCAGAUUUUGCAUCAAUUAAUGAAAAAAGGUAUAUACACUGUGCUGCAAAGGGAACAUUGCACACUGUAAUCGUUUGUCAAGAAUUGCACAAUAACCUAACACCUGCCUAGUGAGCCGCAUACUUCUGCAGGGAGGGUGGCAGCUAAGGUGUUUGCUUCUUUUUCCUCUAAGAGCUUUCUGUGCUUUCAUUUGUCACUGAAGUUUAAAUCUUAGAGAAAAAAUAGAAGCAGGCACCUGAGCUUACACCCUUCUUGCCAAAGUGUGCAGCUCUGCCAGGUCAAAUAAGUACAGCACCCACAACCCACAUUCCCCCCCCCCCCCCCGAUGGCAGCCCUUGCUCCAGGCACAUUCACCUGAGCAUUUUCCUCAAUUUUUCCAUUAAAAGUGACCUAAAGAAACUUCAGCAUCUGGCUACACUUCAAGAAACAACCUUACCACCCAACUGUUAAUGUCAGCUAUUGUCUUCUCACGUUGAGACCAGGUUUGUGAUUCCAUAUAACAAUGUCACACAAGAUUUAUAGAAACAGUGAUGUUGGAUCUUCUACACUCAUUCCACCAGAGGUCACCAUCUCCAAUUGGUUUGAUUGCCCCAGGCAAAUUCACCUGAAAUAUCUCCAACUCCAAGUCUUAUCACCUCCACAAGCUUUGUUCUUAAAUUAAAGAAUCCUCAGCAUGUGGUUUCACUAGAAAAAACACCACAGACACCCAAAUCUUAAUAUCAAGAAUCUUUGAGUGCCACCAUUUACUAUCUUCUGAUGUUGUGUCCAUCUGCCUUUAAUUAUUGCUUUAGGAUGUGUGAGAUUCCAGAUCUCAAUGUUGCACAGAUUUUGAAAGCACAGUGAGCCUUGCCAUGUAGGGCUUACAGUAGAUUUGUGCCUCCUGGGGCAAAUAUACAGUGCCACAAUUAUGUAUGCCACAAAGCAACCUUAGAGUCCAUAAAGUAGCUGAUGAUGCAUUUAAAAAAGUGGAAUGUAGUUCAUGUUUUAUAUGGGACCUAGAGAAAAAUGCAGUUUGCAUGUAUUUGUUUUGGAGGAAGAUUGUUUCUUUAAAUCUCAUCUGUAGGGGGCCCUCCAGGACAAGAUGUUCAAAGUUUCAUUUCUUAAACUGCCCUUGUUAUGAGGAGAUCUAGGGAUCUUUAAUUCUGGAGCAGCUGGAGAGCCACAGACUGAAGAUUAGCCUUUAAGAAGUCCAGAGGAUGCAAGAUAUCUAAGAAACUUGUUUUUGCCUGAACCAUAUACUUUCAACCAUAAAAUGUGUUUUUUUAAAGAAAAGAGUUGUGUUCUCCUUCAUCUUUAUUAAAUUCCUCAGUGCUGA